AUGGGCUGGCUCUGGGCUUCACCAUCUCCCCCCAAGACUCCCGCCCCGGGACAAGCUUCACAGGCUCCCGCGCCGACCCCGCCAUCCUCGACUAAGACGACUGACUCCGAGAUCGAUCCCGAGAUUGCAAAGUUCCUCGCCCUUUUCCAGAACGAAUCGGGCAGUCAGCCAGAAGAAAAGGCGUCAGCGCCAGCACAAUCAUCCUCCACACCGUCCAAGUCAUCAUCGUCUUCAUCAUGGUUCUCCCUCAAAUCUUCACCCGAUUCCCCCUCUCAAACCAGCAACCGUGCAAUCACGCCACCCUCCGACAAUCCCGUGGCUGAGUCCACCCUUCCCACAGAGAUGUCUUGCCGCCAGGCGUUUGACAUGGCCUUUCACUGCCAGUCUGUCGGCGGCCAGUGGAACAGCAUUUACCGAUACGGCACGAUGCGCUCUUGCAGCGAACAUUGGGAGGACUUUUGGUUCUGCAUGAGGAUCAAGAGUUACUCGGGAAAGAUGAAGGAGGAUGCCAUAAGAGACCAUUAUCGUCAGAAGGAGUUUGAAAAGUAUGGAAAUGGCAAGCCCAGUAGUGAGGACGUCUGGCAGGCAAGGACCACCAAGGUCCCACCGGGCAUGGCAUUUACGGAGAGUUUGGAGGAACCCACAAUUAAUGACGAGGAGUGGCAGAGGAUGGAGAUUGAGAGGCGGAAGCAGAUUAGGCAGGGGCUCGGCAUCGAACCCGCAGCAUGA